AUGUUGGGUUUGGGAUGUUGGGAAUGUUGGGAAUGUUGGGAAUGGAGGCUGCUGAGCGCCGCCGCCGAGCUCCGGAGACACGGAUUCAAGACCUGCGUCCUCACCAACACCUGGGUGGACGACACCUCCUGGCGCUCCCUGACGGCCGCGCUCCAGGAGCGGCUCCGGCGCCACUUCGACCUGGUGCUGGAAUCCUGCCGGAUCGGGAUGGCCAAGCCGGAGCCCGGCGUCUUCUCCUACGCCCUGGAGGCGCUGCAGACGCGGCCGCAGGAGGUGAUUUUCCUGGAUGAGCUGGAGGAGAACCUGGAGCCGGCGCGGGAGCUGGGGAUGGCCACGAUCCUGGUGCGGGACACGGAAUCCGCCCUCCGGGACCUGCAGGAGCUCUGCGGGAUCCAGCUGCUGGGCCAGGAGGAGGAGCUGCCGAGGCCGAUCGCGCCGGACGAGGUCGCGCACGGAUACGUCAACAUCCGCGUACGGAAAAACGGGAAUGGGGACCGGGAUCCGCCGGGAAUGCGGGCUGGGAUCUUCUGGGAAUGACGGCUGGGAUCUU